AUGCCGAGUUCUGUUGACGUGAAUGUGUUCAGUAGUAGGAGUCCUCACACCAAGACCGAAAGAAUCGAGGAGAAAUCCAGUGAUGCGCUGAAUGAAAGCUACACAAUCUAUAUAGGAGCACAAUUGAAGUCAAUGCAUAACGUGAGACUAUUGACCGCAAAUUCGAUGGUGGAGCUUUGUACACCUGUUAAGGAUAUCGAUGUGAGCUCACUUCUACAAAUGUCAAUCUCCCUCUAUGGAAGACAGUUAAGCGGAUUGGUUAUGCUAGUACCUCGCGACCCUUUGUGGCAUUCCAGUAGUGGUUCAGAGUUUGCACGUGUGUGUGAACAGUCUACGGAACUUCACUUCGAUCCAUUGCCAAAGCAGUUGCAAGGCGUUGUCGAGUCGGCCAUAAGAGCAAAGUGUUGGAGAGAAGAGUCGGCAUCAGAACGAAAGAAACCCAAGGACGGAAAAGAGAUGUCUACACAAACGCCGCAUGACACGGCCUUGGAAGUUGGAGAUGUGUACUGCACUCGCCACUCAAAU